AUGAAGACCGAGGAGGCCCCUUCUUGCCUGCAACAAGCCACCCCAGUCCUGGGCUAUGGCUCGGAGUCCAAGAUGCGGGAGGUUUGUGCUGGAUGCAACACCCCCAUUUCCGACCGCUUCCUGCUCAGGGUGAACGAGCGCUCCUGGCACGAAGGCUGCGUGAAGUGUGCCACUUGCUUGCAGCCUCUCUCGGGCACCUGCUACUGUCGCAACAGGCAGCUGUACUGCAAGCAUGACUACGAAAAGCUUUUCCAGACCAAAUGCAGCGGUUGCCUAAAAGCUGUGGCUCCAUCAGAGUUCAUCAUGCGGGUGCUGGAGAACGUCUACCACAUCCACUGUUUCUCCUGCUGCGAGUGCGAGCGGCGCCUGCAGCGUGGUGACGAGUUCGUGCUCAAGGAAGGGCAGCUGCUCUGCCGCAGUGACUAUGAGAAGGAGAGGGAAAUGUUGAGUGCUAUUAGCCCUGCUCCCACAGAGUCAGUAAAGAGCGAGGACGAGGAUGGGAGCCACCCACACGGCAAAGGGGGCGAGGAAGGCAAGGACCACAAGCGCUCCAAACGCCCACGCACCAUCCUCACCACACAGCAGCGGCGAGCGUUCAAGGCCUCCUUUGAAGUCUCCUCCAAGCCCUGCCGGAAGGUGAGGGAGACCUUAGCAGCUGAAACUGGCUUGACUGUCCGGGUGGUACAGGUCUGGUUCCAGAAUCAAAGGGCCAAGAUGAAAAAGAUUGCCCGCAGGCAACAGCAACAGCAGCAGCAGCAGCAAGAGCAGGAGCAGCUGGGAAACACCCGACUCGGGACGGGAAGGGGGAACGGCCGGAGCAGCAGGCAGAGCAACGAGGACAGUGAAGAUGGCGCCAGCGUGCAUGGCAUAGACGGGCUCAUGGUGCCGUAUUCCAGGAUUGCCCAGCAGCAACUGCUUCCCCUGGACCAAAACAGCUAUAGCACAGACUUGUAUCGGCAAGGACUCACACCACCCCAGUUGCCAGGCGACCAUCUUCACCCCUACGACUCAGAAGGCGUCUUCCACGACAUGGACAGUGACACCAUUGGCCAUUUGGGUGACUGCCUGCUGUCAGCAGCAGAAGCCAACCUCUUGCAGACCCGAGUGGGGAACCCCAUUGACCGGCUCUACUCCAUGCAGAGCUCCUACUUCACCUCCUGA